AUGCCACCAAGAGUGCGACGGCGAGCAGUAGCCUGUGCCCGAUGUCGUACGCGAAAGGUCAUGUGUGAUGGGGCCACACCCAGUUGCUCAAAAUGCACCGAAGCUGGUACUCCCUGUGUGGCAUCAGGAGCAUCCAACGAGAGAACAGUCCCUCGGUCAAUCGUCCUCUUCCUGGAAGAUGAACUUGCCAAAACGGAGGCUCUCUGCAAAGAGGCAGCGAGGAAUGACGGGUGCAGUAAGGAAUUGGCUGAGAAGGUCAUCAGCGAUAUGACUCCGUCCUUCUUGGGCCUUGCGUCUUCAGUCCCUCUGGUACCUUGUGCGGUUGCAGGGACACGAUUGCCAUCUACUACAGAUAUGGCUGAUUCAAACGAUUGCAAUAUGCAAUCCGACUUCGACCUUGACCCGAGCUGCCAGCCUUCGAGUGCGCUUCUAGCAAUCCCUCCAUCGGUAGCGGACUUUCUGUUCCAUAACUACAUGACCAGGGUCGUUCCUAUAUAUCCCAUUUUCUAUUCUGCCGACCUAAUGGCGUACUUCAACGCCGUCUUCCACCCCGUAUCUGAAUCAUUGCCAAUACCACGAGAGGUCUAUGUUGUCAGUCUGAUCAUGGCUAUAUCUCUUACCACUGCUGCACGAACACAGCAGGUCUGGGCAAACUCCAUAGCGAGAGCCCUUUUCAAAGAAGCGAUGCAACAGGUCCGCCCGGUCUAUACAAACGACAUUGCUGGACUGCAGGCCCUUCUGCUUUUAGUUCAGUAUACGUAUCUAGACCCCUCGGCUGCAAACCUAUGGCUUCUAUGCGGAUUUGCAACACAGGCAUGCAUUGACCUGGGUCUCCAUCAUGAAAGCCCUGGCCAGAGCGUCGACCCCCUAGAGAAGGACAUCCGGCGAAGAGUCUUCUGGUGCACAUACGAGAUGGAAAUCGCCAUUUCCGCCGCGUUAUUACGGCCCUCUAUGCUUUUUGGUACAGAAAUAAAUGUACCAUUUCCGACCAAAGUAGACGACAGCUCUAUAUCAGUGUCUGGAAUCGAUUCCGACGGACCAGCCACCAAAUUCUGCUGUCGAUGGAUUUGGCAGUUUCGUUUAAUCGAGGCCGAGAUCAUCUCUGUUCUUUUCCCAUCUGGAGAGCCUCCGGUACCCUCUACGUCUCUGGAGGCAUGGAUGGGCGAGAUUGAGUCGAGAAUCAACCAUUGGCACCAGGAAAUCCACUGGUCUGCCUCGUUAAAUACCGAUUCCACCAUGAUCUCCCAAUGGGAGGAGAUGUCGCUAUACGCCGACAUCGCCCGCAACUACAUAAUCGUCACCCUAUUCCGCCCCAGUCCACAAAUCCCCGAGCCAACACCCCAGAAUCUAAUGAAGGCAUUUUUGGCAGGUGUAGGCGUUGCAGAGGGCUACUGGCAGCAAUACUCCAAUCUGGGAUUCGGCAACAGCAAAUACGUCUUCCAUCCAUGCUACCACACAUUCUCCGCUGGGAUUGUAUUCAUGCGGUCUUUGCAGCGGUGCAAGGAGACCAUCUCGGCUUCAUAUACUUUAAACGACGUCGAAGGCUUCAUUGCGUGUUUCUCCCGACUCUUUGCGACCAUUGCUGAGCGAUGGCCUGGUGCAUCCCGGUGUCUUGAGGAGUUCGAGCGACUAGUGGCACCAGUGAAGAGGGAAUAUGUUGACUAUACCGUGCAGAAGGCCAGGAACGUAUCUCAAGAUGCACUGUACGACGACGGGGGUUUUGGGGAAGCUGAUCCGACACUCAGCUCUGCGUGGCAGUUGGAUAACGCUACUUUCGAGCCGCUGUUUGCUCCUGGACUGUGGGAUCAAGAAUGGGCUGGCUCUUUGUUUACUGUACCCAUGGAUUGGACUGCUGAGUUUGGGUUCAGUUUGGAUUAG